CGAGUUGAGCCGGCGAUGCUAGUAUGGCAUAUUGUUGUGUUCCAGGCUGUACAUCUUAUCAAAGACGAGAAUGUGAUCAAGGCUUGUCUUUCCAUCGAUUUCCGAGUGACCCGGACACCCGUCGUCAGUGGAUUGCCAUGAUAAGGAGAGAUGUUGGACCUUAUUUUGAGAUCACAGACAACAGAAGAGUGUGCUCCAAACACUUUUCCAAGGACUGCAUAGAAAGAUCGCUCACUGGUUUGAACAAACUGAAAAAGGGGACUGUGCCAUCUUUGUUUACAUGGUGUCAGCCCAAGGCCAGAAGGGCUAUUCAACGCAUCCAGAGUUCUAAGCAGGUUUUGGAGGCAUUAUGUGAUCAUGACUAUGAGGGGGAGACCCUGUCUGUGGAAGAACAGCUUGAUGCAGCACAGAGGGAGAUUGCUCGUCUGGAAGAAGAAAAUCAAAACCUGAAAAGGAAAGCAUCUGUGGACUCAGACAGCCCGGAUUUUGUGCCCUCUGUAUUUGGUCGCACGGAUCAGUCACCAAAAUCACAAACGCGUCUUCACAGUUUGCAGAGAAAAAGGAAAGUGGAUGAGAAUACCUUGCCAGUGGAGAAAAGACGUGACAUCCGUGUUGUAGAUGACCAACCUGCUGUCACUAAGGCACCGGUGUCUACCCCAGAAACUGCUUUAGAAGUCAUGAACAAGAGGAAAAUCCAUGAUUCAAAUGCAAUCUUGUCUCGCAAGCCAUCGAACGCCCCAGACACAGGCGAGCGUCUCCUUCAUCCAGUCAAAACAUUCUCUAAAGCUGAGAUUCAGCAGCUAAUAAAGCAGGAGAUACUGGCCUCUAUGCAGCAGUCCGAACACAAGAUGGAUGAGCUCAUUAAGAGGAUCGACUCCAUCUCUAGAUACGAAGCCGUUCUCAUCAGACUGCAAGCAGACGUUAAGAAAAUAAAAAGGCGGGAGCAGGUGGCGCUGGCCUACGUGAGGAAGCUGAGACCAGCGGAACCAGCGCCCCCAGCGCCCCCAGCUGCACAUUGCCAGCCCCUCAGCUCCAGGGACUCCCCGGUCUGCAUCCUGGACUCUUCUCCCCCCGCGGAGCCUCCUCCUGCUGAGCCCAGAGCCACUGACAGCCCCGCCUCCUUCUCCUCUUCCAGGAUCAGUGCUGAAGGAGAUUGUGCUCAGAGCAGAGACCUCUCCAGCCUGGAAGCUUCAGAGAUGGAGGGCGAGGUGGUGUUCUGCGGCGUCAGGCUGCCGAGGAAGAGGAUCGUGGAGGGGUUCUGGCAGAGACGGCUGAAAAUAAACAGAGUGGUGGACCUCACAGAGGACGCGGAGAUGGACGCAGGCAGCAACAGUGACCCCGACAAGAGCCAAAAUGGUGACCCUAACAAGAGCCAAGACCAGGAUUCCAUGGAAACCGUGGAGGAGGAGGCAGCACCUGUCACCGUCCCAGGAAGAGCAACAGACACUGCCCAUGUCCAGAGGCCAACGCCUGCACUGGGACCCCCAAAUUCUGCUCCGGCUCCUGCUCCAUCCUCUCAGGACAGCCCUGCCUCUGCUGCCCCUGCUGCUACUGACAGCCACACUACCUCACAUGGAGCAGUGACUUCCUGCCCCCCGAGUGACCAAAUGCGACCGGCAACAGCGGACCCACCCAACUCCGCCCUCUGUCCUGCUCAGGACGACUGGCGCUCCAGGCUGCCCCCCCUCCCGGCGACGCCCUCCCCCGCCGAGGUCCCGCCGUCCGCCGCGGGCUCCAGCCCCCCCCAGCAGGUGGCGCUGACGGUGGCGCGCAUCAAGAACCCCAAGGGCAUCGGGGCGCUGUGGACCCUGGAGCGGCCCGACCCCCGCGCCGCCCCCGUCAGCCGCUACCACAUCUACGCCCUGCAGGAGGCGCUGGACGGGCGCCUCUCGGCCUGGCGCAGCCUGGGCGCGGUGCGGGCCAUGCCCCUGCCCAUGGCCUGCAAGCUGACCGACCACGGCCCCGGCCGCCGCUUCUGCUUCGCCGUGCUCAGCGAGGACGUCCACGGCCGCUUCGGGCCCUACAGCCAGGUGCAGUCCGUCGGCCCCCAGGACUAGCGCCCGGCCCCGCCCGGCCCCGUGUGGCCCCGCCCCCAUCGGCGUUCUCAGC